UCAGAAAUAUCUUAACGAUUUUUGAUUAUGUACUAUGUAUAUAUCUUUCCCACUACCAUUUAUAUUUCUCAAAUAUAGAGAUUAUUAGGUACAUUACUAAGUUCAGCAAUUUCAUUAGGGUAUCGCAAACACCAUACGUCAACACUUGGGUUAAUGAUUAUGAUCACAAUUAAGCAACUCUGACAGGCGCAUGAGAGCGGGUGCUGAGCGAUCACCACUGUCGGUAGCGUCUGAGCUCUCCGCUAUCUUCUACUUGUCCGCAUUUAAGCAACAUGAAAUCAGUUUAGAAUUAUUCGUCGUCAUAAAAACAUUACAAGUACUUGGGUACGCAAUAAAUCGCUUAACCGAUACGCACAUGGUAAUUGUUGUACUACAACUACUUAGUACGUUGAAUGAAAUCCUAAUAAUUCGCGCAACGUUUGCGUAACGCAUGGUUGAAUUAAGAAUACAAGAGGCUGCAAACCGGAAACCGUAGGCAGUGCGUCAAGGCUAACAAGCGCUUUUUUUUAUACAAUAAAUCAAUAAUCAACUAUCUACAAGUGGCUUUGAAAAUGGCAACAGCUGAGAUUAGUGUAUGUACUACAGGUGGCACUACAUAUACGAGUGAAUUACAAUUAACAGAGGCUGACAAUAUUUUAGAGCAAAAUGGCACAAAAGUGAAUACAUUGGACGCUGCCGCCGAGCCAGAAACUGGAUUAACACAUGAGUGCGGUGUUUUCGGCGCCAUCGCCUGUGGCGAUUGGCCGACGCAAAUUGAUGUGGCGCACGUGAUUUGUUUGGGUUUAGUAGCAUUACAACAUCGCGGCCAAGAAUCGGCAGGUAUUGUGACAAGUGAAGGCAAUACUUCAAGAAAUUUUAAUACACACAAAGGUAUGGGCAUGAUCAGUACACUAUUCAACGAUGAGUCCAUCAAGAAACUCAAGGGCAAUCUAGGCAUCGGCCACACACGUUACUCCACCUCCGCCGCUUCUGAGGUAGUCAAUUGCCAACCUUUCGUUGUACAUACACUGCAUGGCGCCAUUGCUGUAGCACACAAUGGCGAACUAGUGAAUUCUGAAUCGCUAAGGCGGGAUUUGCUUAGUCGUGGCGUUGGUUUGUCAACACACAGCGAUAGUGAAUUGAUUGGACAAGCGCUUUGUUUGUGUCCCGAAGGUGUCUCUGAACAAGAUGGACCAGACUGGCCGGCGCGCAUACGAAACUUUAUGCAAUUAGCGCCACUCUCCUACUCACUUGUUAUGAUGUUUAAAGAUAAGAUUUAUGGGGCGCGUGAUCCAUACGGUAAUCGGCCACUUUGCCUUGGAAAAAUUAUGCCUAUCAAUGGCGAUUCGAAUGCUAAGCUUGAAGACGUGCAAGCCGAUGGUUGGGUGGUGUCGAGUGAAAGUUGUGGGUUCUUGUCGAUUGGGGCGCGAUAUGUGCGGGAAGUUGAACCGGGUGAAAUAGUGGAAUUGACGCGCAACGGCGUCCGCACCAUCGAUGUGGUCAAACUACCUGAAUAUAAGCGCAUAGCUUUCUGCAUUUUCGAAUAUGUUUACUUUGCGCGCGGCGAUUCGAUAUUCGAGGGCCAAAUGGUGUAUUCGGUACGCAUGCAGUGCGGUAAACAGUUGGCACGCGAGGCCUUAAUCGAUGCCGAUAUUGUUAGCUCUGUGCCAGAAUCGGGUACAGCAGCAGCGCAUGGCUAUGCUAGAGAGUCCGGCUUGCCCUUCGCUGAGGUACUCUGUAAGAACCGGUACGUAGGCCGCACAUUUAUUCAGCCAUCGACACGUUUGCGCAAAUUGGGUGUCGCUAAGAAGUUUGGCGCGCUUUCCGAGAAUGUAGCUGGCAAACGACUUGUUCUGAUCGAUGAUUCAAUUGUGCGCGGAAAUACCAUCGGACCAAUUAUCAAGUUGUUGCGCGAUGCCGGAGCAGCAGAGGUACAUAUACGCAUAGCCAGUCCACCUCUGCAAUAUCCGUGUUACAUGGGCAUUAACAUUCCCACACGUGAAGAGCUUAUCGCCAACAAAUUGAAUGCAGAGCAAUUGGCCCGACAUGUGGGUGCAGACAGUUUGGCAUAUUUAAGUGUGGAGGGUCUAGUAAAAGCAGUGGAAAUGAACAAACAGGUUUCUAGUCCGAAUAAAAGCGGACACUGCACGGCUUGUUUAACCGGCGAGUAUCCUGGUGGACUUCCGGAAGACUUGAGUUGGUAAAUGUACGGUAUAUGGAGAAAGCAGAACCAACAAUAGAAUAAUAAUUUACAUUAUUGUUCUUAUAAAAUCUCAUAAGACGUACAGACAUAUAAUGCUGAAUAUUAUUUAAGUGUCGCGAGAAAACGUUAAAUAUUUAUUCACCUUAGAAGUUGUCAAAAAUUUUAAAGGUUAUAAUUAUUGAUUUAUGCAUUAUAAAUAUUAACUACAUAUAAGUAUACUCCAUUUUAAUUUAGGCUAUGUAUGUAUAAAAGAUAAGGGCCUUUCUCUAAAAGGAUAUCUUGCAUUUAAUUAGCGGUCUAAACACUAAAAGCACGACGGGUAUUUCUUAAUAAAAGUUUGUGUACUUUUAUAUUUACGAGUACACACACACAAAUAUGAAUGCACAUGUACAAUAUACGUAUACAUACGUAUGAAUGAAACUUCUGCACAAUAAUUUUUGAAAAUGAGUUAAUUUGCUACAUUUUUGUUUAUAUUAAGCAUCUCUUCAAUCAAAGUACAAUAAUAAACAAACAAGAAACAAAAAAUUUUUUUUUAUUUCUUGUUGCAGCGUACUAACAAUUGCUUUUAGAUUUGUUUAUCUGCGUAAAUUAAUUUAUGCGGAAUGAUUGCAACUUGACAUUUCUUGUUAUUGCUGUUAUUCAAUGGAACAUCAUGUGAGGUAUUGGAAGAGUAAUGACAAAAAUAAAUAUAUGUAGUUUCAAAUUCGUCACUUCUAAUAGAAAGAACAAUGACCCACCGAGAAAAAUAACACCUAUAAAAUUUAAUAAUUAUGACAAUAACUAAUAUAAACUUUCAAUUCAUUCUCGUGGAGAAGAAAUUAGCUAUUUUCUAAUAGUUUGGACAAAUAAAAAUUUUUCUGCUUUUAAUUUUAAGUGAGUGAACUUCAUUAUUUUUGUAAGAAUGUCCGAGAAAUGAAUUUCUCUUUAAUUGCUUGUAAUUUAGUAGCGGGCUUGGUACUCUAUACCAACUAUACUAUAUACAUACAAAUAUAUCGAUGAAGGAAACUAAGUAAAACUCUUAUGUGGAAGAUCGGAAAUAAAGAACACCAAAGAUAUUUCUGGUAUGAAAAAGCCUUUUUUGCCUAUGCAGUUUACAAACACAAUUCACUUCUCUUAAAUUGUUUUAUUAUUACUAUUUGGAUUCGCAUUUCCCAAUUUUUUUGGUAAAUUAUAAUUAACAUAACCGAAGGAAUACCAAAUCGUAUAAGCUAUCAGCAAAAAUUAUGUUUAA